GUUACAGGAGGACGACGACAAUGGCUACAAACCCGUUGAGUUCAUGUCAGCGAGGAUGCCCUCAGAGAAGGUUGCUACCUCGAUGUAUGAGAGAGAACUCUACACUCUCAGGUAGACCUUAGAGCACUGGAAGCAUUACCUGCUUGGGAGGCACUUCAAGGUGUAUUCAGACCACGAGACACUUAGAUGGCUGAAGACACAGGCCAAAAUGACACCUACGUUGACUAGGUGGGCGGCUGAGAUAGACCAAUACGACUUUGAGCUCAAACCAAUUAAGGGCAAGUACAAUGUAGUUGCGGAUGCUCUGAGUAGGAGAUCAGACUACUUUGGAGCUAUAGUUCACUAUCUGGACAUAGGGAGUGACCUACAGGAGAAAAUUAGACAGGCGUAUGCGCAGGACCCUAUUUAUAGUGACCUCCUCAAAAGAGUCAAGGAGGUUCCGGAGACCGAGCCAGAUUAUCGCACUACAGAGGGGUCGUUAUUUGAGAUUACCGCACUACAGAGGACGCUAUUGUCUGCGGAGGUCUUGCGGAUAUACGACCCACUUUUGCCUACGCGUGUCACUACGGAUGCGUCAGGCUAUGGCAUUGGUGCAGUCCUCGAGCAACAUGAUGGUGUGGACUGGCACCCGAUCGAGUAUUUCAGCAAGAAAGUGCCUGUCGUGCAUUCCAUUGACGAUGCACGCAAGAAGGAGCUCCUCGCCUUCGUCCACGCGCUCAAGCGGUGGCGGCACCUCCUCCUUGGUCUAUGCCAAUUUCAAUGGGUAACGGACAACAAUCCGUUGGUCUUUUACAAGACCCAAGACACCGUCAACAACACCAUCGCCCGAUGGAUGGCUUUCAUCAACCAAUUCCACUUCUUUCCCGAUCACAUUCCCGGGAAGUCGAACCGUUUUGUGGAUGCUCUUUCACGGCAUCCGGAUCAUUGUACCGCGGUCUACUCAGCCUUCGAGAUCGACGAUGACCUGCGGAACAGAUUCAUCCGCGGCUACCAAGCCGACCCCGAGUUCCGCGACAAGUACGUAAAUUGCUCCUCUCCUAAUCCGGCGCCGUCUCACUACCGGAUCCAAGAGGGGUACUUGCUUGUCCACACACAGGGGAAGGACCUUCUUUGCGUACCGAGUGAUCCUCACUUGCGUACACGGCUUCUUGGCGAGUUCCACGAUGCUCCCGCCACCGGACAUUUUGGAGUCGAUUGCACGAUUGGCCGACUUCGCGAGCGAUUUUGGUGGCCCUGUCUUCUCGGCGACGUCACACGCUAUUGCGAGUCAUGCGAGGACACCGGGGCACUGCCACGACGCAGUGCCAGGCUUGCAGUUCGUACCCGCCCUGUGGUACCUCCAAGAACGAAGGCUCAGCAACAGCGACUCAGCAAACGGAAGACUCCAGCGGCAUCGAGUACAGCAUUGACGGUACCGGUUACCACCGGGGUUCUUCCCGCAUGCCCGGUCCAACGGGCCAAUGAGCCAGUGGCAGCUUACUUUCAGCGGGUACAGGUAUUCACUGAUACCGUAGCUGCCGUCAAGGCUCAGCAGGAGGCAGCAGAGGCAGAACGUCGGCGGCUGGCCAAUGAAGCGGCAGCCCAAGCUCAGCAGACUGCUGAGGCUGACGCAGCGGCACGAGACCAACGAAAUGCCGCCAGCACGGAGUCCCUGAUUCGUAGUGAGAGUCAGUGGACAACGUUCCUCCAAGGCAUGAUCUUUGUGCCUUCGGACGCGCAGGCAGAUCCGACACCGGCGGAGGCAGAGAAGACCCACCUGGCCAACUUGAUGCUAGGCAUGAUGAGAGGAAUCAUGUGGAAUAACACACUGCUGCAGGCACAUCUGCGCACGAAACGAGAGCAAAGACAAAAGUACCAGCAAGACAUUGCUGUUUUAACAACUGCCAUCCGCGCCGAAGCAACACAGCAGCAGCAACUGCAUCAGCAGUUGAACUCCGCUCUCGCGCGUAUCAACAACAUUGAGGCUAACACCUCAGCAGCGCCAGGCUGCACGAUAGACGAGACAAAGCAGCUCAAUGGCGACAUAGGUGUUUUCAAUGGACAGGACACGAUCAGUAGCACGGUGGCCACCAUCAAGACGGAUAUCACCAAGCUGCAGACGAGACCGGACGCCGCCACGAAGAAUUACAAGAUGCCGCACUUCGACAUCAGCAAGUUCGACGACUACAACAAGUCGGACGCCUUGACAUGGUGGCAAAGCUUCCUCACGGAAGCAUCAUGCCGCACAGUACCGACCGACGACAUGAUGAAGGCACUGUACUUACAACUGAUUGGAGGAGCGCAGGCAUGGAUGAAUCAUCUGGCGGCUACAAAGAAAUGCACCAUCGCCGAACUCCACACGCACAUUCCGUGGAAGGAGUUCGAGAAGCUAUGGCUCACCCGGUUCAUGGUUCGCAACGUCGUGAAGGCAGCCAUGAACGAGGUGUACACCUGCUCUCAAGGUAGUAUGCCAACUCGAGCCUGGACAAUUAAGUGGCAGAAGAUAGUGACCACACCAGGCUUCGAUUUGAGUUUUACCAAUCAACGAUCCGAGUUCUUCUCGCGAUCGUGCGCAGGACUGCGAUCGACACUCGGCAACGAGUACGAUUACGAUUCAUUCCAGGCCAUUCUGGAUCGUGCAAACUUGGUCAUCCAAACGGAUGACAAGGCUGCAAACGAACGGCAGUCCCAGCCGCAUUAUGUGGCUAAGCAUGGCUAUCAACGUCCGACACACAACAAUGCCGUGAUUUCUAAAGAAACAGUCGAUCUCCACGCUGCAGCAGCAUCCUCGAGUGAUGGAGGAAUUGUAGCAGCGCUCCCGCCGAAGCGUCCCAAGAGAGUUCGGAAGAACAAGGCGACACAAGAGACGGCAUCGACGGGAACUGGGCAGCAGCCAUGGACGGCUUACAAGAUAACCAAGGAUGUCUAUGACCUUCGUCAAAACAAACUCGGGAAACUGAGUUACGCAAGGAGAGGGGCGAUGUCUCUCCUCACUCCGCUGGAACCGGUUGCCUUGCUAGCAAUCGAUGUCACUACUGGGGAGCAUGCGUUAGUCGCUGAUUCUCGUGCCACGUACGAGGAUUAUGCCGCCCAGCUGGUACCACCACUAGACCAGCCAAGCCACGUGCACUUAGAUUGCGUAUGCGCAGCCUGUACACCGUCGGCAAGUGAUCCGGUCAGUUCGCCACUGAUUUCGGAGGACUCGACGGCGUGGUCAAGACUUGAGGAGCUUGACCCGCUCACGAGAGAGGACUUCGCUUGGAUGCCUCUACCCUCGACCGGAACCUUGCCAAGGCCACAUUGCAACGCCUUGAUGGCAACUCUACGCUCCUAUUUGCACGCUACUGUACCAGCUCCGUUGACGGACGACGGAGUAGCCGUUGUCGAUCUCCGCUCCUAUCUUGCGAAGAUUGACCGCGAGUACGCCACCCAAAGGUACGCCGAAACCGACGCACCUUUGCUCUAUAUCCGCAUUCAAAUCGGAAAGGCAACYUGUAGUGCCUUGAUUGAUUGCGGAGCGUCUCGCAACUUUAUGAGCCAAGCCUUUAUGGCCCGCGCAGGUCUUGGCCCUCGCGUUCGAAGGCAGACGCAACCUACGCAAGUUACACUCGCGGACGGCCGCACGCAAAAGUCAAUUGACCAAUGCGUUGACGACGUUCCGGUCUACUUUGCGCCCCUUGCGUGUGAGCCGGUGUCUUUUGACAUCCUCGACACCAAGUUCGACAUGAUUCUAGGCAUGUCUUGGUUGCGUAGCGCCGAUCAUCUGGUGAACUUCCACGACCGGACCGUUCACAUCCGUGAUCGGAACGGAGUGUUAGUCCCAUGUACGGUCGCGACCCCUCACACUUCGAUUGCUUGUCACGUGGUUUCCGUUGCGAGAAUUCGCGACGCCAUUGCUCGGAAUGACGUCGAGGAGAUGGGCCUUGUAUUCUUGCAUGCUCUCCCCUCGCCGGACGGACCAGCCGCGUCACCGUCGGACCCACACAUCACUCACCUCUUGGACGAGUAUGGAGACGUCUUCGAGGCGCCCACCGAAAUGGUUCCGGAUCGGCCCAUACGUCACGGGAUCACUCUCGAGGCGAGCGUCGUCCCUCCGCGUGGAUGUAUCUACCGCAUGAGCGAAGAGGAACUCGAGGUGCUUCGCGCACAACUCGAUGACCUUCUCGACAAGGGUUGGAUUCGCCCUAGUUGCUCGCCAUACGGAGCACCUGUUCUCUUCGUCCGGAAGAAGAACAAAGAUCUACGGUUAUGCAUCAACUAUCGCAAACUUAACGCACAAACCGUAAAGAACGCCGACCCUCUCCCUCGGAUUGAUGAUCUCCUUGAGCGGUUAGGCGGCGCGACGUACUUCUCGAAGUUGGACUUGAAGUCAGGUUACCACCAGAUCGAAAUCCAGUCUCAAGAUCGGUACAAGACCGCGUUCAAGACGCGAUACGGGCAUUUUGAAUGUUGCAAGACCACUCUGGCAAAGGCAGCAGCACAUGCAGCAGAAGCAACUCUUUUUUGUCGAAGUGCGGCCGAGCUAUUUUCCAUGUAUGUGGGUGAGGGAGAAGGCAUAGUGCGUGAGACUUUCAAGAGGGCACGGAUGGCUGCUCCUAGCAUCAUUUUUAUCGAUGAUGUGGAUGCUAUUGCUUCUCGAAGCUGUCAAAAACCUAAGGAAACAAAAAGGAACUGUGAAGGACGGGACGGGGUCGAUUACUGGUUGGAAAAGGAGAAGGGGAGUGAUGCAAGUCACACGGUAUUCUGUCAGAUGUUCUGCAAAGGUGAAGGCGAGCUUGAUGAGCUUCGCCGCCAACUCAAGGAACUCGUAGAGAAGGGCUGGAUCCGGCCGAGUGUCUCUCCUUAUGGGUCUCCAGUUUUAUUUGUGCCUAAGAAGAAGGAGGGAACCCUUAGGAUGUGCAUUGACUAUAGGGGCCUCGAUGCCAUCACUGUCAAGAACAGAGAGCCCCUACCGCGCAUCGACGAUCUGCUAGAUAGAGUGCAAGAGUGUCGGUACUUCAGCAAGAUAGAUCUGAAGUCCGGGUACCAUCAGAUUGCCAUACGGCCCGAGGAUCAACACAAAACCGCGUUUCAGACCAGGUACGGUCUGUACGAGUUUGUGGUGAUGCCUUUUGGCCUUUGCAAUGCUCCUGGCACCUUUCAGCACGCUAUGAAUCGGAUAUUCCAUGACUACUUGGAUAAGUUUGUCGUCGUGAACCUCGAUGACAUACUUAUUUUCAGUAAGACUGUCGAGGAACAUGUGGCACAUCUGGACAAAGUCCUCGGCCUCCUGCGACAGCACAAGUUCAAGAUCAACGGUGAGAAGUGCGAGUUUGGCCGCACCCGUGUCUUGUACUUGGAUCAUGAGAUUUCUGCGGAGGGAUUGAAGCCCGAUGACGCGAAGGUGGCUAGCAUUCGUGAUUGGCGACGUCCUCAGUCUGUGACUGAGAUGAGAUCUUUCUUAGGAAUGACAGGCUACUAUAGGACUUUCUGGACAGAUAAGUGCGAGGCUGCUUUCAGACAUCUGAAGCAUGCACUGGCGCACUAUGAAGUCUUGAAACUUCCUGAUCCUGACAAGCCGUUUAUAGUCACAACGGAUGCCAGCCAAUAUGGCAUCGACGCCGUGCUUGCGCAGCAGGAGGGGCCAAAGUUGAGGCCAGUAGAGUACAUGUCCAAGAAAAUGCGGUCUCAGAAGUUGGCUAAGUCCACUUAUGAGAAGAAACUCUAUGCGGUGUACAAGGCUCUCACCCAUUGGAGACACUAUCUCCUUGGGCGGUUCUUCAUCCUCCGGACUGAUCAUCAGACCCUGAGAUGGAUGAGAACACAACCGGUACUCUCCGAUGCUCUCAAGCGUUGGAACGAAGUCAUUGAGCAAUAUGACUUUGACCCUCAGUAUCUCAAAGGGGAGUACAACAAGGUUGCUGAUGCCUUGUUGUGGAGACCGGACUUCUCAGGUGCGCUGAUUACUGAGUUCGAUCUGACGGACGAUGUUACUCAGUCUUUGGUGGAAGCCUAUCGUCAGGACCAGUUUAUGUCUGAGAUCAUACGUAGACUUGAGGCGAAGGAUAAGAAGACCUCCGCCGAGUUUGAGUUGGUCAAUGGAUUGCUGUUCCUAGAGAAGGCAGGGAAUAAACGCUUGUGUGUUCCAAAUAGCGAGUCUUUGCGCAGUUUGUUUUUAGGCGAGUGUCAUGAUGCCACCGGCCAUUUUGGGUACAAGAAGACCGCAGCCAACUUGCUGCAGCGGUGCUGGUGGCCCACGAUGAUGAAAGAUGCACAGCUGUACGUGGAAACUUGUCAAGUAUGCCAAAGAGACAAGCCCCGUACUCAGGCUCCUCUUGGGCUGCUCAAGCCCCUUCCGAUUCCGGAAAGGCCGGGUGAAAGUUUGUCCAUGGACUUCAUGGAUACGCUGGUCACCAGCAAGAAUGGGAUGAGACAGAUCUUUGUCAUCGUGGAUAGGUUUAGUAAGUUUGCUAGAUUAAUAGCUAUGCCAGAAACAGCGAAGAUCGAGUACGUGAUCAGGCUAUUUAAAGAGAACUGGGUUAGAGACUUUGGACUGCCGAAGUCUAUAGUCAGUGACAGGGACGUCAGGUUCACGAGUGAAUUGUCUAAGGCCGCUGCAGCUUAUACGGAUGUCAAGCAUUCUCCUAUUUUCCGAGGGAAGAGGAUUCUGUUUGUGUUUGUUAUGAGAUUGCUGGACGCUGACAGAAGCUACAUUGGCAAUUGUCUCUCCAGAGCACAAGGUGAUGGAGCAAGCAGUGGCAGAGGUGGAGGAGGGGGAGGAGGAGGUGGGGGGCUCUCAGCUAGCGAGCGGCUUUUGUCAACCUUGCUGACGGAAAUGGAUGGAUUAGAGCUGGCGCACGGUGUGCUUGUCCUUGGUGCCACGAGCAGGCCUCAGAUUAUUGACAGCGCUCUCCUACGGCCUGGGCGCUUUGAUAUGGUGAUUUAUGUCUCUCCUCUUGAUGAGGCUGGAAGGUUGGAGACGUUGCAAGUGCACACGAGGCCAAUGUCACUCUCACGGGAUGUGGAUCUGAAUCUCAUUGCGAGGUCAACAACAUUCUUCACUGGAGCGGAGAUUGCAGGUCUGUGCCGGGAGGCUGCAAUGUCUGCGCUUCGAGAAGAUAUUAAUGCGGACGCAGUUUCAAGCCGGCACUUUGAGAGUGCAUUGGCAGGCAUCCAACCGUCACUUUCACCAUUGAUCCUUUCAAGCUACGCCAGUUUUUUGAAGAACGUGAACAGAAGAAACUAGUAAUUAAUGAUUAAACUCGAAACCAAUGUUCUCUCCUGAGAGGGCCUUUUUCUAAUGUGCUCGAGCCACUGGGUAAAUCACCCACUAAUUGGGCCUGAUUUUUGUUGGACAUGCUUGUGUUAGUCUGUGACUAAGAGCAGGAAAAGGUGGAAGAGAGAGAGAGAGAGAGAGAGAGAGAGAGAGAGAGAGAGAGAGAGAGAAAGAGAGAGAGAGAGAGAGGAUGGUAGCUUUGGACUUCCUCUUGGCUGCAGCCUGCCAUUCAGCCAUGGAGGUUUGCAUGCAUGAGCGCAUGGUCUUAUUGUGCGAGAUGGGACCACCAUAGAACCGAUAAGCUCCGCCAUCCUAAAUGUCAAGCAGCUGGGAUAGCCCCAAGGCCAUCAAGGCCGUCUGCUACGACACAAUGCCGACACCCAGAUGUGAAAGGAUGCCAAGCAAGCACCUUGAUCCGACACGAAUUCACGCAAGAAAUGUCAAUCUCAACGCAACACGAAAAGGAGUGGUGGUAUGGGUACCAGGUUGAGUGAAUUCUUCACUCGUGUUUUGAACCAUGCGUUUUCAAUACACAGGUGGAUAUAUCUGUCCAUCCCAGUGUGUGGCUUCGAGCGGCAGAUUUGACUUCCUCUUUGGCCACAUUCUGUCAUUUGACCACUGGAGAGCGAUUUUUUUUUUGGUGAAAAACGAGUGGAGUAUUUUCAUUCGCUAGUUAUAAAUUUCUAGACAUUUCUCUCUCUCGAGGGUUCUCAAGUGCAUCCCUUCGCUGACGACUGCCCACACUGAGACAGUUUUCAUUUGGGUGGAUACUCGGAGUUCCCGGUAUACAUCGGGCCUCGCGCCUACACAUCGGGAUCAAAAAAUGUUGGCUGGCGUUCUGGAAUCCCGGAGAUGGGAAUUGGCCCAUGCUCUGUCUCAACAAUUUCCCCUUGGGUACUGUGAAAACCUCGUAGGGAUAACGACCUUCUUGUUGCCUCUCUACGUUGGCUUCCUGUGAUGCGCCUGUCGGUCUGCACCUAGGCAAACGCAGCAUACAGGUGCACGUUUGACUGUUGGUAUGCACCUGGCAAACAUAACAUACAGGUGCACAUUGUGCAGCUUCUCAGCCGCACGUCUAGCGACCUUUCCCUUGAAAGCACCACUUGAGCAUUCAAAAUCUUCCCCUACCUUGUUUUACCAGUCAGAAAUUCCUGCAGGCAUUCCAGGUGGCUGCAUAGGGUCUCAUUUCCAACUCCAAAAACACUGCCAUGUUGGUGUGUAUGCCGAAGAAAUGAGUUCCCCAACACAUGCUGACACGGAACAUGUACCGCAAGUUUGGCCUCGUCUUUCUGGCAUGUGAUGCUACUGAAAGCGAGUUCAAGCACCACUGGACCCUGAGGCCCAAUCGCCGAAACUGCAGGUUAGGUUUGGAAGUUGAGGCGGCUGCUUUAUUGCUGCCAUAAUUUGGUUAUGUACAAAAUGGUCACCAUACUCUGCCUAGAUAAACAUCCUCAGGCAGC